ACUAGCCGUGCUAGCAUUUUACAUUGACCCGGGUCUGCUCCUCACUUUUCCAUUUUCACGCAGCCAACAGGAGAGCACACCGGGGCACAGCGGAGGCGAGGUCGCACGGGGCGAGGCACCACAGAAGCGGAGCCCGGUGGCUCGAAUAAGAGGCCAUGAUGACGGCUUUGAGGCAAGGCCACGGCGAAGGGAGCCACGGCGGCUUGAAGAUAAGGUCGCUCAGGGGCAACUCGGAGCAGAGGCAUGGCCGGCUUGACCGCAACAGCGGCGGCGGUGGAAGGCGACUGGCUCAAAGAUCAGAGUACUUCUCACCAUCAGCGGAGCUUCGUUUUCUGAUGCACGGAAUAUUUGGUCGGCAUCUCGGUGGCGAGUCAGCAGACAAGCGGAGAUGGCAGAGGGUCAUGACGACUUCUGCGAAGGUGAAAAGCUGCAACUCUGGCCAGCGGUGGCUUGCAGUGGAUGAAGCGGCCGUCGGGGCGCGGUGACCCGGAGGCGGUUGCGGCAGAAUUGAGUAGAGGCAGCAAGACGGCGAGGCGCGCCGGAACCGGCCGGAAUGGCAACCUGGUCCGGGCGCGUAGCUUGGAGGCGACCCAGAAGUGACGCCGGUGAAGGAAAGCAGCGCGACGAGACCGGGUCGAUCCUAUUUACACUUCCGGCCGUAGUUGUAUCUGUUUCCGGGUCGUAGUUGUAUCUGCUUCUAGGUAGUGGGCUUUUGGCCGUAUGUGGCACUUAACAUCUCGCAUGAUGGAAUCCAUCUUUCUCCAUGUAAGGGAAGUAUUUGCCAGGCUUGAGCAAAGUAGUAGUCACCGAGACUUGCAGAUUGCGUCAUGGGAUUUUCCUUUUCCUAGUAGUACUUUUGACGAGUAGGGCGUUUUGGUGACCGAGCUUCAUGGAGCCCUUUAUUUUUGAAAAAUUCAA